GGAGGCCAGCAGCUUGAAAGCCGCGGAGAGCCAGUGGUGCUACAUCCGCCUCGCGGAGCCCGGCCGCCACUGUUCGUUGCCGCCCGCAACGCCUGAAUUAGACGUGCCGCCAGGGUUCGUCAUCCACUCGCUCGGGACAACUGUUUGGGCUACCUGUUUCCGUAUCUCUGUCAGCCGGAGCCCUGACAUUUAGAGCGACGUGCAGCGCCAAUCACUUGGCAUCGCGGUGCCACCGCCGUGAUAUUGCCGCAGGAGAGCUCAGGCGCUCAUCAUCUGCUUCUCCUUUAGAGCCCCCAUCCCGGAGCCGACGGGCCCAGGGUCGAGCUGGGUGUUUCUGUGUUUCUGCGCUUUUCUACGGAUCGGUGCCGUAUAUAAGCCGGGCGUAAUGCCGGAAGAAGGUGGGCAUUCCGGGCCAGAGGCUUCGGGUGCCACGUCGGAGAGCGAGAACGAGUACGACGACCACGAGCAGCUAGUCAAAGAAGAGGACGACAAGAUGGCGGAUCAACGUGCCACCUCGGAGGGCGCUGACGCCAGUGGUGAGCCCAGAAAGAAGUAUGACCCUAAAGACCCCUUGCGCCCUCGUAGGAAGAAAGCAAGACGGGCUUGCUUCGCCUGCCAGAGAGCUCACCUUACUUGCGGGGACGAGAGGCCGUGCCAACGAUGUAUCAAGCGCGGACUUAUGGACAGCUGCCAGGAUGGAGUCAGAAAGAAGGCCAAGUAUCUUCAUGAUGCGCCGCCUGAGGCUUUGAGGCCGGUUCUGGGUCCAAAUUAUAACCCCAACCCGACUCCAACGCGUCAGAAUGGCCAUCGAAACGCCAGUAUUCCGACAUCAGAGGGGUCCUCCACGGCGGGAACUUUCUUCUCACAGUCAACUGCUACUCAGUUUCCCCUCUUCUCGAGCGCCCAGACUCCGAUAGCGAAUAUAGCCGAGAAUCUCCCCUUCGGCAGUCAACCAUCGCCCGUGUCUCCCUCCUUCCCGACAUCAGGGAACCCGCAAUUAAGCGGGUUGACUGUGCCGCAGGCGUCUAGUCCCAUGGCAAAUUUCGGCGCCCUGCCGUUCGACCCUAGCGACCCCAAUAUCUUCAACUUCAAUCUCGAAGGGCUUAACUUUGGAAGUCAGUACGGGGCCAUGGAAUUUGGUAUGCUUGGACACAUGUCCUCGGGUGCUGCGGAGACGCCUCCUCAGGAUACCGCCAUGCCCGGGUCGGCGAGCGGCAAUCUCAACCUUGGGUCUGGAGUGUUUGGGAGCGGCGUGAACCAGUUCGAUCUCAUCGACGGCUUCCUCGGCAUCGACACAAACCACAACGGUGUCUAUUCGCAGGGUAACCUGCAACAUGGCCUCCCACAUGCGUAUGCAAUCGCCGCGGGCCCAACAAGCGUCCAAAGCCCCAGCACCGACACCAACAGCCCGCAGCCCACUACGCUUGGCUUUGACGGCUCUCCCACCAUGACCUCCUACUCGACGACGCCUGGCAUGGGAAACAAACCGGCCAACCAGACGCGGCCGAGCACCAGACAGGCAAAUGCUUUAGCGAAGCUCGGGCAGCAAUCCAUCUUCGCGAAACGGCAGCGGGACCCGUCGUCUAUCUACGACACCGUCAAAGAGCCUUUUGGCUAUGUUGCAAGUUUCCAUAAGCUCUUCAACCUCAUCCAGAGCCGGUUUACGCCAGCACACACAUCGCGCAUCGCAAAGUCCCUGGCCAGCAUUCGACCGUCCCUGUUAGCUUCCACGCGGAACCUGACCAGGCAAGACCUGGUAUUCAUGGAGAAGUACUUCCAGCGUUCCCUGUUCGAGUACGAGGAGUUCAUGCACCAUUGCGCAAGCCCUGCCCUGGCCUGCAGGCGGACGGGCGAGGUGGCGAGCGUCAACAAGGAGUUCACCGCCCUCACUGGCUGGACCAAAGAUGUGUUGCUGGGCAAGCAGCCCAAUCGCAACGUCAACCUCGGAGGCUCCGCUUCGUCUACCUCCAGUUCCAAGGGGCGGGUCGGCCUCACAACCCCACGUCUCAAGAGCCUCAACCCGGAUACUCUCGGGUCAUCGGACGGGCCGCAGCCGGUCUUCCUCGCCGAGAUCCUGGACCACGACAGCGUCGUCGAGUUCUACGAGGACUAUUCCCAGCUCGCCUUCAACGACAGCCGCGGCCACAAGACGCGCAAGUGCCGCAUCCUCAAGUACCGUGCGCCGGAUAAGGAGGAAGGCGCGAGUGAGGGAAGCGCCGAGGGGCACGCGCCGCAGAAAGACCCUCGCAAUAGCAUCCUGAGCAACCGCGUGGCCAAGAUCGACGGCGAGCACGGGAUAUCCAAGCUGGAGCGGGACGGCAAGCUCGAGUGCAGCUACACGUGGACUAUUAAGCGUGACAUGUUUGACAUGCCUAUGCUGUUCAUUAUAAACUUCCUUCCAUGUUAUUAUCGGAAUCACAACCAAUUAGCUGUGUGAUUGGAGCAUCGAUGCAUUUGGGAUGGGAAAAGAAAAGGAAACGGAAAAUGGGAUAUUGAAGGGCUGCUUAGGGGUUGUCAAGCAAAGCUUUGGAUUCGGGAUACCCUAUAUUUCUGGGGAGAGUUUGGCUCUACGUAGCGUCAGGAUGGAGGAGC